AUGGAUUUAUCCUAUCAAAAUCCGUAUCAUUAUAAUCAUGAAUGGCCGUUAACAUCAACAUCUGAUACUUUUCCAUUAUAUCCUUCCCAAAAUCAUUCAACAACUUGUUAUAAUAUAUCGUCUUGUCCGCCACCACCACCGCCACCAUCUUCAUCCUCGUAUUAUGAUUAUUAUACUCCAUCGAAUUGUUAUCCAUCAGCAACAGCUAAUACCUGUUCAACACAUUAUAAUACUUAUCCAUCAUUCACACAGCAUACUACUACUACUACUCCUCCAACAGGUCCUUCAACUCAUGCAAAUAGUAUUUCUGAAUUAACAAAAUCUAAUAGUGAAACAAUUUCUUCGAAUAUUAUUUAUCCAUGGAUGAAAAAAUUACAUGUUAAAAAUCUCGUUCAAAAUACUGAUGGUACUGAAACAUAUAAACGUAUUCGAACAGCAUAUACACGUAGUCAAAUUCUUGAACUUGAAAAAGAAUUUCAUUUUAAAAAAUAUUUAAAUCGUCGACGACGAAUUGAAAUAGCACGAACAUUAAUGUUAACUGAACGACAAGUUAAAAUUUGGUUUCAAAAUCGACGUAUGAAAUGGAAAAAAGAUCAUAAUCUACCAAAUACAAAAUCAAAAUUAAUCGAAACAACAAUUAAACAAGAACUUCAAGAUUAA